AACAUUAUAAUAAACGCCAGUCGCCAUAGUAGAUGAAAUUUUUCCGAAAAUUUUGCUAUUUGCUAGAAUCGUAACCGUUUUCUUGUUCAGUUAAUAGACUUUUAUUUUAUAUAAACGUUCCUGGAUUUUUCAAAUUUGAAACUCAAAGACACUCCUAAAAAUUAAAAUAGCAUCUACCUAUAAUCAAGAUAUCCAAUAUGAGUGAAUCAGCUGAUCAGAAUGAACCUCCAAAAGAUCCCAAAGAACUGGAAAAGCUAGAAGAGGCGAAACUAAAAGCCAAAUUUCCAAAUGCAAUAUUUGGCAGAGGGCCUGGUGGUCAUUCAGCUUUUCUACAAAAAAGGCUCGCUAAAGGACAAAAGUUCUUUGACUCGGGUGACUACCAGAUGGCCAAGCAGCGGCCGGGCAACCUCGCGGCACCGUUCAAGGCGCCGGCCGCACCCGCCAAGAUCUCCACCGGCGACGCUAUCCCCACCCCCGACACCGUGCCGCUGCGCAAGACCUCCAUCAUCCAGCCCAAGUUCCAGCCGCCCGCGCACUCCUAGCCACGUAAACACUAGUGCUCUGUAACCAUUCAAUGUAUAGCCUCAUCGUAACCAUACAAAUUUUAAUAACAAGUCAAUAGAAAUGCCUCACACUAACAAAAGAACAAGAUGUUGCUGAUGAUGUAUUAUUUCUAUAGGAAAUAAUAUACAUCGCUGUUUAUACAAUAGCACACAUCAGAAUAUGUCAUCAAACAGUGAUGCAAUUGUUACAAUACAGUCAACAUGAUCAUUGUUGAUAGUCCAUUUCCAUUGCUGGGCCAAAGUCCUAUAAGGGCUUCCAACCACCAAUGGUUUAGAGUUGCCUAUAUCCCACAGUUUACAUUUAAUUUUAAAGGUAUAUAAUGCCAAAAACCAUUUCUAGAACAUUGUUAUUAAAAUUCCUAUUAUCAUAACCCAUUAAACUUGUCUUUGCUUGUGUGAUAGCGUCUUCAUCUUGUGUCCAUACUGCAGCACAAUUAUUUUAAGCUUAAUUAAUUUUUAACUGUACACGGCCGACCUGAUGCAAUAAAAAUCAUCAGUAUCUAAUUUUGCUUUCAGUACCCAGGUGCACAUUCAUUUUUAAAUUACUCUUUAAAAAGAGUAAGUUUGAAAAUGAAAAUAUAUGAACAAAAUAAAAAUAUAUGCACACUUAAUUAAUUUUUAACUGUACACGACCAACCUGAUGCAAUAAAAAUCAUCAGUAUCUAAUUUUGUUUUCAGUACCCAGGUGCACAUUCAUUUUUAAAUUACUCUUUAAAAAGAGUAAUUUUGAAAAUGAAAAUAUAUGAACAAAAUAAAAAUAUAUGCACGCUUAAUUAAUUUUUAACUGUACACGACUGACCUGAUGCAAUAAAAAUCAUCAGUGUCUAAUUUUGCUUUCAGUACCCAGGUGCACAUUCAUUUUUAAAUUACUCUUUAAAAAGAGUAAGUUUGAAAAUGAAAAUAUAUGAACAAAAUAAAAAUAUAUGCACGCUUAAUUAAUUUUUAACUGUACACGACCGACCUGAUGCAAUAAAAAUCAUCAGUAUCUAAUUUUGCUUUCAGUACCCAGGUGCACAUUCAUUUUUAAAUUACUCUUUAAAAAGAGUAAGUUUGAAAAUGAAAAUAUAUGAACAAAAUGAAAAUAUAUGCACGCAGAGCUGCACAAGACAAAGAUGAAACAUACAAGUGCAGACACAAGAAGUAAUCCAUUUACAGACUAAGGGAAUUGUAGACAGUAAUUGUAAAGCAUUAGAUCUUGAUUGUCUUGUAAACCAAAUCUGUUCCUCUCUUGCAAUAUAAUAUGUUACUAAGAUGAUAAAUAAUGAAUCAAUGUCUAAUGAUUGCUACCCAGUUUAUUUAAUUCAUUCCAUAAGAAGUGCAUCCUUCCAAUGUCAGUGUAUAUAAUCACAAUGAAGAUUCUGCUACUUGUACGUGCUCAUGAAUGGAGACCAAACUUUUUCAUUUUUAUAAAGUAAAUAUGAUUUUGCGAAAAGUGUCUAUAAUUUCCUCUGUUUUGUAUGUCGUGUGACUAGGGUAUGCAUUCCAAGUCCUUUAAAGAUUUUUAUUAAAUGACAUGUCACAAUUGCAUUGUCACUGAGCUUUCACUCUUUACGUGAGCCCCACUAACGGAGCGGCGCCAUCGCUUGUCUCUGGCGGGUAGAUUACGAUACUUUGGUGCAACCAAUUGACAACAAAUCUAAUGGCAUCACAUUGGUGGAUAUAACAAAAUAAAUAUGUAUUAAAGAGAACAAUUACUGUGUUAUUUUGUUAAGUUUUAAUUUAGAUAUCUUUCUUACUAUCAAUCUUGUACACAAGUAUUAUCAAUGAAUUCAAAAAUAUGGGACCAUUUCACUAAUCAAUUUUUUUAAUUGCAAAUGUAGUCCAGUAAUUUCAAUUCAAUCUGUAAAAUCUCUCUUUUAUAUUAAUUAUUUUUGUUAUUAUUAUUUUGGAUAUCGUUAAAAGGAUAAGGAUAAAUUGCAAUCAAAGUUUUGUAAUACUACCCUCCAAUUAGCUUUUACUUAUUAUCACAUCGAAUAUAACAAUCAGCACGUAUAUCAGUUUAAAUACAUUAUAUCAGUGUCAUUUGUGAUUGUUCCUUUAUUUCGUUAGAGUAGUCUUUGUUUUGAAAACUUAACUUUUAUAUAAAAAAACGAACCUGUUAUAUUUAUGUAAAAAAUAAAGUAAUUAGGUAGUGUAAUAAGGCAGACUUGAAUGAGAGAGUGGGUUGAACAGUUUUAUAGAGUUUUUAUUUUGAUCAUGUACUCAUAUAUGCAUUUGGAUUUAUGUAUUAUUAUGUAUGUAGUAUGAUAUCUAUCGGGAAAAGCGUUCAAUUGACAGUCCUGCGAAAAUACACCAAUUUUUUAACUUACUCCUUUUGUAAAAUUUUCAUAUUUUACCAAAUUUGUGAAAAGUAGGAACAGUUAAACUGAGAAUGACCACUCUCAAAAAUGGUUCAAAAGCCCUUUCUAGUUUUGUGAAAAUAUAUCUGUCAAAUAUAAAAUUUGUGUUUGUAAUUUUAUAAAAUGUGAAUUUUCGGAGACACAACAUUAAUUAUAACGUUUAUAAUCAAACAAUAUAUAAAUUGACUUGACAAAGCAAGUAGUGUUCGCUUUUCGCUGUGUAGGUAGAAAGUUAUAAUAAAUCGUACUAAUAAAAAUAAUAAACUGUUGUAAGAAUGUGUAAAAUGAAACAUUAUUAAAGUUUUAAUUGGUACAAUUUAACGUUUUGUUUUCAACUGCAACAUAUUUUUGUGGAUAACUGUAAUGUAAUGUACAAAAUAAGUUGUUCGAUACUAGUGCAAAAGGGAAAUGUUAGCGUUAAAUAUUAAUUAUAAUGAAAAAACUUGAUAAUAAAAGCUUGAAAAAUU